CGUAAGAAGAGGUACGUUCAGCAGUUAGGGAAGCACAGACAGAAGAUCCAGAGCAACAUGGGAAACUGGAUUGUUAAUAACUGGGUCUCUGCAGUAAUUCUGCUCGCCUGGCUUGGACUAAAUAUUUUCCUAUUUAUUUAUUUCUUUAUGAUAUUUGAAAAAGAGAAAAAAUAUGCAUAUACAAGAGUUUUAUUGGGAUCUGCCCUUGCUUGGGCCCGAGGAUCUGCUGCUUGUCUUAAUUUUAACUGUUUACUAAUUCUUUUACCUGUCUGUCGAAAUCUACUGUCAUUUCUACGUGGAACCUGUUCAUGUUGUCGACGCUCAGUGAGGAAACAGCUUGAUAACAAUCUGGCCUUUCACAAGAUCUUGGGUUAUACAAUUGCAUUAUUGACAGCUGUCCACACAAUUGCACACUUAUUUAACAUUGAAAGGUUUUAUGAUGGUGCACAGUCCUCAAAGAAUACUCUUCAAGGAAUGUUAUCAAGCAUAGAUAACACGACUGGAGAUUGGAUCAACCCAAUAAGAUCCAAAAGUGAGACACCAUCUUAUUUUGGUUUCACUUCCAUUGCUGGUGUAACAGGCGUGGUGAUCACGCUAGCACUGAUAUUAAUGAUCACAUCAUCUACUGAGUUUAUCCGCAGGUGCUAUUUUGAAGUUUUCUGGUACACCCACCACCUAUUUAUUAUCUUCUUUGCUGGCCUUUUGAUUCAUGGAGUUGGUCGCAUAGUUAGAGGCCAGACCCCCGAUAGUCUUAGCAGUCACAGUUAUGAUGACUGCCAUGAUAAAUAUGCUGUUUGGAAGGAAAAAAAAGGUAGAGAUGGUGAUGAAGAUGACGAUGAUGAUGAUUGUUUUAUGCCUAGCUUCGAAGGCAAUCCUCCAAUGACAUGGAUGUGGAUUAUAGCUCCAAUUAUAAUAUAUAUACUUGAAAGGUGUCUAAGGUUUUAUCGGUCCCAGCAGAGAGUUGUUGUUAUAAAGACGGUCAGCCAUCCUUCUAAGGUGCUUGAAAUUCAAAUGCAGAAAAGGGGAUUCAAGAUGGAAGUUGGUCAGUACAUCUUCAUUAACUGUCCUUCAGUCUCCCGAUUGGAGUGGCACCCUUUUACUCUCACAUCCGCCCCCGAAGAAGACAUGUUUUCUGUGCACAUUCGAUCCGCAGGGGACUGGACUGAUAAUCUUAUUAAGGCUUGUCAAGAGACAGCUGAUAACCCCCCACGCCUUCAGGUAGAUGGCCCAUUUGGAACAGCAAGUGAAGAUGUUUUUAAGUAUGAAGUCAGCAUGCUGGUUGGUGCUGGCAUUGGUGUUACACCAUUUGCCUCAAUCUUAAAAUCCAUCUGGUACAAGUUUCAAAAUGAAGAUCACCGCUUGAAAACAAAAAAGAUUUUUUUCUACUGGAUCUGUCGUGAGACUGGAGCUUUUGCCUGGUUUGCUGAUCUGUUGCGCUCCCUGGAACAGGAGAUGAUCAGCUCAGGAAAAGAUGGAUUUCUUAAUUAUCGACUCUUUUUGACGAGCUGGGACAGCAGCAUAGCUGGUCAUGCCAUUAUUAACUUUGAUGUGGCGACUGAUGCAGUUACAGGAUUAAAGCAAAAAACCAGUUAUGGGCGACCCUAUUGGGAGAAUGAAUUUUCAAACGUGGCAGAGUCUCAUCCCAGGUCUACAGUGGGCGUUUUCCUUUGUGGCCCUCAAGCACUCGCUAAGACUCUCCAACAAUGCUGCCAUCAAUACUCUAGCAUGGACCCCAGGAAAGUGCAAUUCUACUUUAAUAAGGAGAAUUUCUGAAGUGUAGCAUUAUCGGCUUAAACCUACAAAGACUGUGAAACGUUCAACUCAUGACAGUGAGGUCAUAUCAUGCAAGAUACUGUAUAUUAUUACCGGUCAAUGUACGAGCUGUAAAUAGCGCACAGAACAUUAGUCAGUGCGAUCAUUAUCAUGAAGUUUAUCAUGGGAAGCGUUUCCUGUUCCAGUUCCAGUAACAUGAUACCUUGAACUGGUGAAUGAUGUUUCUUAUAGAAGCGUGUAUAAAAUAUUUGGUGUCUUCUUCCUUCCAUUUUUUUUUGAGAAUUUCCUUGGCAGUAGGAUAAAAUGCAGUGUCACAAUCCUAAAGGGGAUAUGUCAUCAGAGCAUCUACGUAUUAUUGAAAUCAAGUGUUUGUUAGGCUCUAUUCAGACGUCCGUAUAAAUGGUCCGGAUCCGUUCCGCAAUUAUGCAGAACGGGUGCGGACCCAUCCAUUUUAAUGGGGCUGUAAAAAAUGCGGACAGCACACAGUGUGCUUUCCGCAU